AACAGAAAUAAAUGUUUCCUCGCUCUAAAAUUGCUAUAAUUAAAAAAACGCGUGUCGAAAUUCGUGCUGAGGUAGUGCAAAAUUGAGCCGUGUAAUUAGUUUGUAGGUUAUUUAGUGAUAUGUUCAAUGGAAAUCAGAUUCUCUCGUUUUAAUAUAAUGUUUUUUUUUUUAUGCAGCCAAAUAAAAGUUAACACUUGACAUACAAAGCAUAGCACACCCUAUAUAAACUCCGAAAUAGACAAAUUAAAAACUCACCACACUCGAUAAAUAAUCAAUUUGACAUUUCUGCUGCCUGCGCUCUCAACACCACACCACAUACACACACACCAUACACACCACACACCAAAGAAAACCAACCAUUCAUUUUUCAUUAUUCAUUUUCAUUCUUCUUGUUCUUCAUCUUUUCGUCGUCUUUUCGCAGUGUGUGCUUUUUCGUGUGUGCUCUGUGCUGUAACUGAAAAAGAAAAUUUCUCCAAAAAGAAAAAUCCACUGAAAAAAGUCAAAUUUUCUUUGUGAAAAUUCCUCCCAAACAAUUCCAAUUUCAAUCAAGUGCAUUUAUAAUUGGCAUUUCCAUUCACAAUUCAACUCCCUCAGCAAAUUAAUUCGGGAAAAACUCAAAAAUUACCCGAAAACACCACAAAACCAAUCCCCCCGGCCGUCGAAAUGGAACGAACCCAUUAAAAAGAGAUAAAAAUCAAAGAAACAUACAAAAUACAAUAAAAUUCGAUUAGAAAUUUUCUUUUCUUUUCUUAGUCGUGUUUUCUUUUUAAAUCUUUUGGUAUUUUGUUAGUUGAAUUAACUUCCUCGUUGUCGUUUUAUUGUUUUUUUUUUAAUUUUUGUUGGUCUGUUGCGGGUGUCGAUUGGCGAAGGAACAGGAACAGGAGCAGGAAGAAGCUGAUGCGGAAAAGCGACAAUUUUUCCUCAAGACUAAGUUCUUUUUUUGUGUUUUAAGUUUUCCAUUGGAUUGGUUUUCGUUUUGGUCGUUGUCGUUGGUUACAUUGUUGGAAUCAGCUAUCAGCGGAAGGCGGAAGGGUUUCAAUUUGGAGAUUGACGACGGUUCGUCGGGCAUAAUUCUAAUCCAAGUGCGGCUGCGGCGGCGGGGUAGAGAGCGGACUGUGGACAGUGGAGCUGGGAGCUUGGAAGUGGGAAGUUUAUUUACACUGAGAUUUGCGUGUGCCAAUAAUAAAUUUGCGAUAAAUAUUUUAUCGAAAAAUAAAUAACAUAAAAAGUAAAAACAGUUUUUGCUGCUGGUGCUGUUGGGAAAAAUGGCGGAACGUCAAAAUAAUUUGUCAGGUGCCCGUCCCCGGAAUCCACCAGGUGAACUGAGUCUAAAUAAUCUUCAUCUACGGCAACAGCCCGAACGAAAGAAACAGCUUACAUUAAGCCUCGCCGAUGGGCCUGUUGUGCCAGCUCCAUUGCCAGACAAGACCCGCGAACGAAUCAAGAUUCAAGCAUCGGGCAAGCUACAAUUUGGUCAACAUGUCUAUCACUUCACGUCGGAUGACAUGGAGGACCUUGGCGAAAUUGGUCGUGGUGCAUUUGGUGCUGUUAAUAAAAUGAUCUUUAAAAAAACCGAAUUUGUGAUGGCUGUAAAGCGUAUUCGUUCAACAGUCGACGAGAAAGAACAAAAACAACUCCUUAUGGAUCUGGAAGUUGUAAUGAAAUCAAACGAAUGCCCAUUUAUUGUGCAAUUUUUCGGGGCACUCUUCAAAGAAGGCGACUGUUGGAUAUGCAUGGAACUUAUGGACACAUCUUUGGAUAAAUUCUAUAAAUACAUCUAUGAACGGAAAUGCCAACGAAUUCCCGAAUCGAUAUUGGCCAAAAUAACAGUUGCCACUGUGAAUGCGUUGAAUUAUCUCAAAGAAAAAUUAAAAAUCAUUCAUCGGGAUGUGAAGCCGAGUAAUAUUCUAUUGCAUAAGCGCGGUGAUAUCAAGUUGUGUGACUUUGGUAUUUCCGGACAAUUAGUCGAUUCAAUAGCCAAGACAAAGGAUGCCGGAUGUCGACCUUAUAUGGCGCCCGAGAGGAUUGAUCCCGAAAGGGCGAAGGGUUAUGAUGUCCGCAGUGACGUGUGGUCAUUGGGAAUAACAUUGAUGGAAGUAGCAACUGGAAAUUUUCCCUACAAAAAGUGGGAUUCUGUCUUUGAACAGUUAUGCCAGGUUGUCCAAGGUGAUGCACCGCAAUUACAACCAUCGUUCAAUGGAAUGGAGUUUUCAGUCGAAUUUGUUGACUUUGUAAAUACUUGCUUAAUCAAAAACGAAAGUGAACGACCAAAAUAUAGCCGUUUACUGCAAAUGCCAUUUAUACAGCGUGGUGAACGUAGUCAUACCGAUGUCGCUGCCUAUGUAACCGAUAUUCUUGAGUCAAUGGAAAGUGAUGGAAUCACUGAAUUCACAACAAAUCAACCCGCUGAAAGUUAAUAUAAUCUUUCAGGAAUGUAGGUUUUUUAUUUUGUUUUGUUUAAAUUGAUUCUUCUUGUAAGUAAAGUGUGUUCAAUAAUAAUUCAAACAAAAAAGAAAACACAAUACACAAACCUAGAAACACUCGAAAUUUACAAGCAACAAAAUUAAUAACACCAGUUUGACUUUGGUGGUGCCAUUGACGAGCGACGACGAUGACGACGACUCAAAAACAACCAUCUACAAAACAAAAACCAACAACACCAAAACAACAACACGGUUCGGCAAUGGGGAGGGAGGGAAAAACAACUUAAGUUCUUUUUGACUUGUUUAAAUAAUCAAAAGUGAAAAGAAAAAAAAAAACAAAAACUAAAGUAAUUAAGUUUAACUUUGUUAUAUAUAAAUUUAUCCCUGUAAGAAUUAGAUUUUUGUUUGUUUUUAUUAAGAGUAGGUAUGUACAAAUCAAAUCAACAAAAAGAACUUUGUACUGAAGAACAAAUAGACGUAGAGGUGCGAAUUCGAAAAAAUAUAAUUAAAUAAAUAACAGUGCAGGCACUGGAGGUCAAAUCGUUUCAAAAUUGUACUUAAAAAUUACAAAAAUCAUGAAAAACUGAUACAACUUACAAAAAUGAUGAAAAACUUAUACAACACUCCAAACUGCAACAUCACGUUUUAGCCCUAAGGAAACUGGGGUGGCGCUCGCUAUUUUAAAAUUAAUAAAUGACUCUUAUUCAAACUGUUUAUGCAAAAGUGUUCAAAUUUUACAAAAGUCCUCCUCCAUCUUGAACUAAAUUGAAUACUUGAUGUAUGAUAAAUUCCCUUACUAUCAUUGUUUUAAAAGCACAAGUUGCAAACCUUCUUGCUAAAACAACUUGGCUCAUUCCUGGUAAAAUAAAUAGUUAGUACAUUCCACAAUCUCCUUUCGAGAGCGUUUUUCUGCAUUACCAAAACACCAUUAACUUCUCAGGAGUGUACAUUUUUAAAUGGGUCUUUUUGUAACCCAGAAGAUAGCAUUUUAAUUUCACAUAAAUUAUUGUAGAUCUCAGAUCGUGAGUUAUGGUAGUUCGAGGAUAAAUCGCAAAUGCGUGUCAUUUAACAAAAUUGGUCUUUAACCUCAUUGGACUGGGCAAACAAUUGUUUUAUUUGUUUCUAUUACUUUGUUCAGUAAUUCAUGGCAUACAAUUAUUACGAAAUUUUGUAAACGAUACAAUCUCCAGCAUCUCUUGUCUAAAAAAAAAAACAAAAACAACAUUAAAAUCAAAACUAACCGAGGGAAAUUAAGCAAAACAAAAAUGAUAAAUAAUAAAUUUGUCACAAAGUACUAAUUUAAGUACAAUUAACUUUAAUUUAUUAUUAAAACAUUUUAAACAAAAUAAAAUAAAAAAAAAAGUAAAUUAAAGCGAUUUCUGUACACUUUAAGCAAUUGCGUCCUGUUGUUGUUUACCACAUUGUAACUAUCUUAAAUUUAUUAUUAAACAAAACAAAAUAAUUAAAAUAAUUAUUAUUACAGUGUACUAUCAUUAUGAUUCCAUAAUUUUUAAAAUGUUUUUGGUUUUUUAUUUUGUUCGAUUUUCUGUCUUUAUUUUUAUAUGUAUAUUUUUUUUCUUUGUGAUGCAUUUUUCUUUUUGUUGCAAUAAAGUGAAACAAAAAAAAGUUUAAUAAAUAUAUUUAAAUGUAUUUUUAUUAUAUAUAAAUAUAUUUUUGUUGAAAAAUGUUAAGUGUAGAAAAUUUUGUAUUUGUUUGUCUUUAAUUUAUUUUUUGAUAUACAGAAGAAAAAAGAAAAUGAUUAACAUUCGCAUUAUCAUAUUUAUAAAUAUUGAACGAUAAAAGUUUAAAGAAAAACAUAAUUAAAGGACCGAAACAUAAGCAAUAAUAACAUUUUUUUUAAUAGAAAGAAAAAAACAUUUUUAAUAUCAAACGUAAAGUUAAAAAAAAUAAGAAUUUAAACAAUUACACGCCUCUCCAUAGCAAUAAGACAUUUUUUUACCAUUUUAUUCCCAUUAAAAGAAAUACGAAGAAAAAAUGAUAAAAGAAUGAUGAUAAUAUUAUAGAAAACAUUAUGAAUAAACGAACUUAUGUAAACCAACAUGUUUAUUUGGUCAUGACAGAAAAUGUUGACUAUUUUUUCUUAAAGAAAAUAAUAACUUUCAAUACUUUUUUCUUAACUAUGAAAGGCAAUCUUCGAAUUAUAUGGCUCACAAGUGAAAGAGUAGCUUGUACUUAACUUAAUAUGAACUUAUUGUAUGCAUACAAAUAAAAGCAAGGGGUUAAAGCGUAAAAGACUGACUUUUGAAAAAUUUCAUAACUUUUUUAAUGGAUGGAAAUAAGGGUUUUUGCAUGGAAGCUAUUUCUUUGCUUAUACUCAAUUAUUCACUGUACAUUAUAGCACUUUUCUUCUUCAAUUGUGUUUCUGUUCUUGAAGUUCUUUCAUUUUUUAAGAGAACCUAACAAUGUUGUUUUUAAAUAGAUUUUAUUUAAUUACAUACAUGUACAAUUUUUAGUUUAAAAAGAGAUCUCAUUUCAAAGUCGUUUUGAUUUGACUUUUCGAUGUACUUAGUUCAUCUCUACAACGCCACAUUUUUUCAAUUAAGUUGCCAGUUUAAUAUUUUCAGAGAGUUUUUUUUUAAACAUCACAAUUUAAUUUUAAAAUCAAAUAACUUCUCAUCUUGUCACCGUCUAAUUGGCUUUGAAAGUCUCCAAUAUUAAUUCAUAUGCUGACAAAUGUUGGCUGACAAUAUACCUAAAAGAAACCAAAGUGUCAAAAUAAACAUUUUUAAUGUAGGACGAUGGAAAAACAUUUAACAAUUUGUCGGAAAAUAAACUUGAUGACUUUUAUUUGUUGCUAUGUAAAAUAAUAACGCCUUUUGUUGAAUUUGUUUGGAUUUUCAAGAACAUGAACCCCCUUGAAAUCUUAGAAAUCCAAAUAGAAUUAAUUCUAAUUGUGUACUUGCUGUUUCAUGUUUACAGUUCAAAAACACAACCUUAUUGAAAAACUAUCUAUCUAUGUCUUCAAUAUUUUGGACUAUUUUCAGUAUAGGUUUAAAGUGAUUUAAAGCAUAUUUUUCUAUAAUUCAUUUAUAUGGGGUCUUAUUAAAUCACAUGUUGUUACUUCACUGCAGUUACAUUCAACUUAGGCUUUUUAAAUUUUACCACCGCUUCAGUUCGUUUGGUAUUAUUGUUUCGUAUUCAUUCAAUGAAAACUCCUUAAGUCCAUUUAUGCAAAAGACAAAGUCUACGUUCUUCUAUUAUUAAAUUAUAAAGAAUUAAAAGUCCCGAAAUCUGAUAGUUUUAUAUUGAUUACAAACUUUAAGUGUAAGUAUGGAUAUGGGUCAAAGUUCAUAUUCUGUUUAGUAACACGACAUUUCAUUAUUCGUUAUUACGGAUUUAUGACACCAUUUGGUUGUUUUUUAAACGUAAACAAUUUCUCUUAAAAUGAAAAUAAAUAUUAGCAAAUGGAAUUUUCUCUUAAAUAAAGUAAAAGAAAUAAAAAACAACAGCGAUUCGAAAUAAAUUUCUUAACAUAAAUGUUGAUAUCCUGCUUUCUUUUAGUGAUCUCGUACCCGUUUAUUGUAAUCUUUUAAAAACGUAAUAAGUCUUUACGAUGCCGCGACAACCACCUUGCACGAAUAGAUCCAUCUUAAAAGAGAAUUCUUAAAACAUUUAUAUUAAUCAUAACCACAACCUACACCUAUUUGCAUUCUUACUCUCUCUCUCUUUCUCUCUCUUUUCUCCUCUAACACCUGUCUUAACAGAGAUUAGAUUAUUAAAGAAAAAAAUCUCUUGAACCAACUUCAAAAAUAAAUACAAAAACAAAAAAAAAUGACUUCCUUAAGUCAAACGUUUUGUGUCCUGACUAAUCAUAAUAUAUUAAUAAAUUAUUAAAACAAAAAUCAACAAUAAUUUGUUCAAUUAAAAACUUCAAAUAUGAUGAUUAGUGAAUAAAUAAACUACAAAAUUACUUAAAAAAUAAAAUAAACCAAAAUGCGAUAUGAAUAAUGAUAAUAUUAUAAUAUUUAUUGUGCCUGUAAAAAAAGAAAAACAUCCCAUAAAAUUUAAAUUUAUUAAAACUUAAAGGAAACAAAAAUAAAAAAAUAAUAAUAAUUUUUGUGUUAAAAAGCCAAAACUGAAUGAAUUAAUAAAGUAAUACAUUUUUCUUUUAUUUUUAUUAUUAAAGAAAAUUCAAAUUAAAAACAAAAACAAAUUCCUAAUUUAAUUUAUUUUCAAAAAUAAAAAUUAAAAAAAAAAACAUAUUUUAUAUUGAAAAAUCUUUAACAAAAAUAAAUCAUACAUUAAAUAUAUAUAUUUAUAUUAAAACAAAAAAUAAAACAUAAUAAAACAUAUUUAUAUAAGUAGACAAAAACAAAAAAUAAAAUAAAAAUCUUAAAAAUAAUUGUGAUUAAAAUCCACAUAUAAAAUUAAACACCAAUUAAAAUUCAAUAAAAGCGGACAGCUAUUUAAAAUUUAUAUAAAAAUAUAUUAAAAUAAAAUUCUGACAACAAAUAUAAAACAAAAACAAAAAUAAGAAUAAUAGGUACGAUUUUUAUAGGAACUUGCAUGAGACACCAUUUAAUGCUGAAGGCAAUCCCAAGAAGAUGUUUCUCCUCAUUGCACCUAUCACACACUAUCUCUUCAUUCUUUUCUUAGAUUUUAAAACAACAAAAAAGAAAACUUAAAUUAAAUAAGAGUAAUAAAAAAAUGUGUUAGUGAGAAAAUAAUUUACAUAAAUAAAUAAAAUAAACAUAGAUUUAGGAUCACAAUAAAAAGUAGAAAUUUAUAUAUUUAAAUAAAAAAAAAAAAACAAAAUUAUUAUUUUAAAACAAAAACAAGCUUGCCAUAAAUGAAAUGCAAAAUAAUUCGUCCCAUAACUGCACAUGAAACAUUUAAAAAGAAAUACACUUAGAAAACACGCAUGAUGUGACACAAUCCCUCUCAGGAUAAAUGAGUUGUUUUCUAUUUUGCAAAUUAUUUUUCCAUUGAAAAUUACAAGAAAAAUAAAAACAACAAUUAUUAACAAAAAAAAAAAACAAACAAAAUAUUUUUUAAGUAAAUCUUUAGAAGAUCUUUUAUAGCUUUGCGUGCUUUUUAUGUACACACACCAAGAGAAUAUUGUAUUUUAUAAAAAUGAUGAUGAUGAAGAAGAAACAGAAAACAAAAUUGCAAAUUGUCCAAAACAAAAUUUUAUUUUGCAAACAAAAACAAAACAAACAAAUUAAUGCUUAACAAUUUUUGUUGUUCUUCAAAAUAGAGGCAAACACAAAAUAAUACACAUAAAGUUAACUCUUAGAGGAGAAAUAGUAGCGAAACAAAUUUAUUAAUUAAAAUUAAAAUUAAAAACAAAAACAAAAAAUUACAAAUAUAAGUAAAAAUGUCAUUUAGACAAUAAAAAUUAAAUUAAAAUUAAAUAAACUGUUCGUCUAUGAAUAGGAAGAAUAAUAUAAAUAAAACAAAAAAGCAUUAGAAAAUAACUUCCGAAUUAUUCCUAAAAUAAUAAACAAAAGAAAAUUAAAAAAAAAA